AUGCGACCAAAGCGCAUUAUCCUGCUGGUACUACUUCUUGUCGCCGCCCUAUUCAUGUUGAAGGAGUCGAAAGAUAUUUUAGGGUUCUAUCAAAAGGAAUCGAUCAGCAGCAGCUCUGUCAGAUAUGAUGAAUUGGCUUGGGAGGAGGUUCCCAUGGACCAUGACCGUUUAGAACUUGCUAUAAAGCGCCACCAGCUCAAGGAAGUAGUAAAAGCUCCCAACAAAACUAACGUACAUGUAGACCCAGCAGACGGGAUCCGAGACACUCUCUCUGACAUCACUUCCGAUGAUGGCUACGCUGUUCCAAGUCUCGUCCACUUCACGUGGUAUGGAAAACCACACAUGAGAUUUCACCACAUGGUGUGUUUUCUAAGCGUAUAUUAUCGGAUAAAACCUAAACGAAUCUUGAUGUGGUACGAGUCUAAGCCGGAGGGUGAAUAUUGGGAUUACUUAAAGAAAAAUAUCACGGAUUUCAGCAAACUUGUUCGGUUGGUUUACCGGAAAGCACCGACGGCUAUCUUCGGCCGGCCGAUCCGAGUUACCGAGCAUAAAUCGGAUAUCGUCCGCUUGGAGGCCGUGAUGAAUUAUGGGGGGAUUUACCUCGAUCUCGAUGUCAUGGUGAUAAAGUCGUUUGAUCCACUCAGGAGGUAUGACGUCACGCUUGGAAUGGAGCACAACAAAGGUUUAUGUAAUGGGAUAAUAAUUGCGAAAAAAGGUGCCGAGUUUUUGAAAAUUUGGCAUUCGGAGUACAAGACCUUUAAUGAUGGAUCCUGGGACGGACAUUCGAUUCGAUUGCCCUUUAAGUUAUCGCAACAAUAUCCUAACUUAAUUCAUGUUGAAACGGACACACUCAAUCGACCCAGCUGGUUCGAACUGGACAAGAUUUAUGGAAAGAAGCCGUACGAUUGGCACAGGAACUUUGCCAUGCAUUUGUGGUACAGAAAGUACAACAAGGACCAUAACUUUCAAACGAUAAAAACCGUUGACUCUACAAUGGGUCAGAUGUUCAGAUGGACGUUGUACGGCCAUCCAGGGGUGAUGUGACGAGGUAUGGCGUAAGCAUCUGGCGGGGCGCAUGCAGUCGGUGUUCGCGCGGCGGCAUCAAGCAUAUCAGACAACGCAGUAUAAUGGGAUCGCUCGUUUUGGCGUCAACCCAUCGCCGUGGGGAUCUUUGCCAGGCUGCGAACAUACUGCAUGAAAGACACUUUCAGUAAAAUCAAUGUGGCCUCCUCUAUUGCCG